UUAACUCACUGUUUCUUUGCUGUCAUCUAUAGAGAGACCAUAAACCCCUCCUUCCGUCUAAGAAGAAUCACUUCACACCUUCCUCCCCUAUAUAUACAAUCUAUACAUACGAUCCGAUACGUACCUGCACAAACACUCCAAGGACCAGAAACCUUUUUUUUCAUCAAGAAUGGCAGGGGUCGGUGGAAAGGCGGUUGAUUUCGAAGACUUGUUGCCUGUAAUGGCUGAUAAACUGGGCGCAGAAGGGUUGAUUAGGGAGCUGUGUAAUGGGUUUCAGUUGUUGGUGGAUAAAGAGAAGGGAGUGAUUACUGUGGAGAGCUUGAAGAGGAACUCUGCUUUUCUGGGUUUGGAGGAUUUGAAAGAUGAUGAGCUUGCGAGUAUGGUGAGAGAGGGCGAUCUUGACGGCGAUGGGGCCUUGAAUCAGAUGGAGUUCUGUGUGUUGAUGUUCAGAUUGAGUCCUCAGUUGAUGGAGGAUUCUUGGCUCUGCCUUGAAGAGGCUCUUGAAGAGGAGCUCAAGGAUGUUGCUUGAUUUCUGAGAGGCAGAAGAACGACACCGUUUAAUUCUUGUAAAGUAAUAAUAGUUCAUUGUUUUGGGGAAAAUGCAAAGAUGGUCUUGGUAUUUGACUUUCGUUCAUCUUUUCUUUUUUUGCCCUAUUGAUUGUCAUUGAAAUUCGGAUGCACAGAAUUAAACAGAUACAUUGAGUCUUCAUUGGCAGUUGAAUUAACAAUGAAUUAGUACAAUGUAACUUCAUCAACUAUUUUCAGAUAUUUAUUUGGGUCCUCAAA